GUUUUAUCUCAUUAUUGGCUUGUGUAAAGUGCGUGACUGUUCAUAAUAUAUGUUAUACAAGAUUAUGGUCCGAAAUUAUAAAAGAAAAACUAAUAGAGGAAAGUGGAGUGAAGCACAAAUGAAAUUAGCCAUUCAAGAAGUUUUGGAUGGAAAAAAGGGUUACAAAUCGGCCAGCAAGGCUUACAAUGUUCCUCAAACAACACUCGAGCGUAAAGUUAACCAAGCAAGAAAAAGAGAAAAUGGUGUACAGAAUGUCAAGGUUCCCUUAGGUCCAAUUACAACAGUUUUUUCCGAAGAAGAAGAACAAAUACUUGUUGACUAUUUGAAAGAAAUGGAAGGAAGAUUAUUUGGUUUGUCAAGUUCCGAAUUCCAGAAGUUAGCCUAUGAGUUAGCAGUUCGUAACAACAAACAACACAAAUUUAAUGCACUCAAGGAAAAAGCUGGUAAGGACUGGCUGCGUGGAUUUCUAAACCGCCAUCCUGAUUUGAGUUUACGAAAGCCUGAAAAUACUUCAGCGGCUCGUGCUGCUGGGUUUAAUAGAGUGUCUGUUGGAAAAUUUUUCGAACUGCUAGGAAAAACACUUGAUGAUAACCGUUUUACUCCAGACAGGAUAUAUAACUGUGACGAGACAGGUGUUUCGGUGGUGCCAAAAUCACGGUCCAAAGUGAUGCUGAUUUUAGAUGGCCACGCUACUCAUACCCAAAACUUGCAGUUAAUCGAUGAAGCACGUAAAUACGAUGUGACGAUAAUAUGCUUUCCACCACACACCACUCACAAACUACAGCCCGCAGAUGUUGGUUUUAUGCGGCCCCUGAGUAUCUUUUAUGAUCAGGCUCUAACAGCAUGGUUAAGAUCUAAUCCUGGGAAAGUAGUUUCGCAAUUUCAAGUGGCUGAACUCUUCGGGCAAGCGUUUAUCCGGGCAGCAACAAUGCUAACUGCAAUUAAUGCAUUCAAAGCAUGUGGGAUCUCGCUUUACAAUCCACAUAUUUUUACCGAAGAUAAUUUCAUUGCUGCAGAGGCUACCGAAAUCGAAUUGAACGCUGAAAAGGAACCCGAAGCUGAUACAACUCCAACACUUUCGAUAGCAGCAACCUCACAGCGAACACUGACAGUUCUUCCAACAAUAACUUCGUCACCUCCUGAUACUCAAACGGCCACCCACACCACCAUUAAUUCUUCAGCAAACACUCUACCUCAUCCAACUGCUACCACCUCAUAUGUAGUACAACAAGCCUCAGUAAAUGACUCUUUGGAUAAUGCAGCAUUCCAUCUGGUUAGCCCCAAACAGUUAAUGCCUUAUCCACGAAUGGCCGAAAAAAAAACGAGGCAAGUUCGGAGAAGAGGAAAAGCAGCUAUUAUCACUGCUUCUCCAUAUAAAACAGAAUUAGAGGAAAAACAAAACAGUAGGAAACCGAAACCUGAUGUCUCCAGCGAAAAGAAAAUGAAAAAAUUAAAUAAGAGAUCUCGAAAAACUAAGAAAGCUGAAGAAGAAGCUCAGACAUCAGAAGAAGAAGAUACAGCAUGUCUAUACUGCCACGGCUUGUAUUCCGAGUCUACCGAAGGAUGGAUCACUUGUCAGGUUUGUUCUAAUUGGGCGCAUUGUGGCUGUGCAGGAGUGGAAGACAAUGAUGAUGAAGCUGUCCAUAUCUGCCCAUUAUGUGAAGAUGAAGACUGAUGAAUAUUCUGUACCCCAUCUUACCCAAGGGGGUACCCCGUCUUGCCCUAUAGUUGGGGUAAGACGGUGAGAUUUUGUUAUUUUUUAAAUUAGAUAUUUAAAUGAGAAGAACUAUUUUUUUUUUGUUUUGAAUGAUUGUUAUUGAAAAAAGAAAGACUGAUUAUUUUCUUAAUAAAAGUUCCUACAUUGUGCAAUUAUAAAGAAGGGUUUUAUUCAAGAAAUGCCUUAAGGUCCCCGUCAUA